AUGAUGGAAGGCUCCCAAUAUUAAUGGUUACUGACCUGGAAAUGAUCAAAGCAAUUAUGGUGAAAGAAUGUUAUUCUACCUUCACUAACAGAAGGGAAACAAAUGCAGGCCUUGCUGGCCCCUUUGCUGAUGGAAUAACUGUAGUUAAAGAUGAAAGAUGGAAGAGAAUCCGGAGUUCACUCUCUCCAUAUUUCACAAGUGGUCGACUGAAGGAGAUAUUUCCCAUAGCUGUGACGCAUGCAGAUCGUUUUAUUAAAAAUAUGCAAAAGAGAGACCACGAGCAGCCAGUUAAAGUAAAAGAAGUUGUGGCUCCAUACAGUUUGGAUGUGGUCACCAGCUCCUCUUUCAGUGUUGAUAUCGACUCCAUAAACAAUGCAGAUGAUCCUUUCGUUACCAAUGUCAAGAAGUUUUUCAAGUUCAGUCUGUUCAGUCCUCUCAUUCUGAUUUUAACUUUAUUUCCUUCCGUUGCAAAUCUUUUGGGGAAAAUGGGUAUAAGUCUUUUUUCAAGGUCGUCUGUGGACUUUUUCUACAAUGUCCUGAGAAAGAUUAAGGACGAGCACAACAAGGAAUCAAAUGGUCGGGUGGACUUUCUCAAACUCAUGAUCCAGAAUCAAAUACCUGAUGAAAAGUUUGAAGACACAAGUGACCAACCAGUAAAAGGACUAACAGACCAUGAGAUUCUCUCCCAGUCCUUCGUUUUCAUUCUCGGAGGUUAUGAGACGACAAGCACCACUCUCACUUACCUCCUCUAUAAUCUUGCAACUAAUCCAGACUGCCUGGAAAAGCUGGUUGUGGAGAUUGACACAAACUUCCCUUCUGAUACUCCCAUCACAUAUGAUGCAUUGAUGAAAAUGGAUUACUUGGAAAUGGCCAUCAACGAAUCAAUGCGUCUCCUUCCCACUGCACCACGCUUAGAGAGGGUCUGUAAGAAAACUGUGGAGCUCAAUGGGGUGACCAUACCAAAGGACACUCUGGUUGGAAUUCCUACAUAUGUAUUGUGUCAUGAUCCGCAGCUCUGGGAGUCUCCUGAUGAGUUCAGACCAGAGAGAUUCAGCCCAGAAAGUAAGUCAGAGAUGAACCAAUACGGUUUCAUGCCUUUUGGACUCGGGCCUCGAAAUUGCAUUGGAAUGAGAUUCGCCCAAAUGAUCAUGAAACUUCUUGUUUUGAAGCUGCUUCAGAACUUCAGUAUGGAAACAUGUAAAGAGACACAGAUCCCUCUAGAGCUGAAUGCAAUUUUUCAGCCGAAGGUUCCCAUCACACUGAAGUUUAUACCAAGUGCCCUGAAAAAGAAUAAGGACGAGCACAACAAGGAAUCAGAUGGUCGGGUAAAUUUUCUCAAGCUCAUGCUCCAAAAUCAAAUACCUGGUGAUCAUUUUGAGGACACAAGUGAGCAACCAGCAAAAGGACUUACAGAUCACGAGAUUCUCUCCCAAUCCCUUGUUUUCAUUCUCGGAGGUUAUGAGAUGACAAGCACCACACUCACUUACCUCCUCUAUAAUCUUGCAACUAAUCCAGACUGCCUGGAAAAGCUGGUUGAGGAGGUUGACACAAACUUCCCUCCUGAUACUCCCAUCAUGCAUUGAUGAAAAUGGAUUACUUGGAAAUGGCCAUCAAUGAAUCAAUGCGUCUCCUUCCCACUGCACCACGCUUAGAGAG